GUAAACUUUAUGACAGUUGAUAAGCCCGCUCACAGUAGUUGUUGAUAAAGCUUAAUAUUUUACUAUUUUCAUUCAAUUCCAUUGAUAAACUUUUGUUUAAAGAUUACUUAUAGUUCUUAUAUCACAAUCAUAUCGUCUAUCGUUAAUAAUAGUUUUGUUUUUUCUGAUUUAAAAUAAUUUAAUUUUUCAUUAACUACACAAAAAUAAUUACUAUUGUUACAACUAUUUUUGAUUGGUACAGUGUUUCGAAAAAAAAUAAAAGAACUCGCAUUUCAACAGACGUGUGUUCCUUUAACAUUUAAUAUAUUUUAAUAUUCUUAAAUCAUAUCAAAAGUCAAAUAAAAAUAUUAAUAAUAAUCAUAAUCAUAACAAAAGCAGAAGCAACAACAGACCAACCAAAAAUUCUGAAACACAAGGAAAAUAAACUCAUUCACAGUGGCGCUGCAUUCAACAGAAGCCCUCAUGGCGGCGGGCUUUUUAAAAUCUGGUGAUUUAGGACCACAUCCGCAUAGUUAUGGUGGUCCACAUCCACAUCAUUCUGUACCACAUGGACCAUUACCACCGGGCAUGCCGAUGCCAUCACUUGGACCCUUUGGGUUACCUCACGGUUUAGAAGCUGUUGGGUUCUCCCAAGGUGUGAAUACUCGCAAGCAACGACGUGAACGUACAACAUUUACACGAGCGCAAUUAGACGUUCUGGAAUCACUUUUCGGCAAAACACGAUAUCCUGAUAUAUUUAUGCGAGAAGAAGUUGCUCUAAAAAUAAAUCUUCCCGAAUCAAGAGUUCAGGUUUGGUUUAAGAAUCGACGUGCCAAGUGCCGCCAGCAACUGCAACAGCAACAACAAUCGAAUUCACUCAACAGUUCGAAGGGCAAUAGUGGUGGAGUGGGAUCCGGCGGUAAUUCGGGCUCCAGUCGCAAUUCAUCGAAUAGCAAUAAUAACAGCGGAAACGCCAACAAUCAAAAUAGCUCUAGUGGCAGCGGCAAUUCUGGAACGAACUCAUCGGGAACUCCGGCGAAAUCGAACAAUAAUAAUAACAACAACAACAAUAACAAUAAAUCAUCGGCAAACUCAGCGCCCUCUGGAGCUGGUUCUGGUGGCCAGUCUAUCAAGUCACACCAUAGUUCCUUCUUAAACUCUCACUCGCACUCCCACUCCUUGUCGUCGCAUCAUUCCGGCGGCGGAAGCAUGGGUGGCAAUACGGGAAAUCCUGGCGGCAACUCGCUGAACCUCGGCAGCGGGGGUCACAACUCCUCACCCAUUCUUCCAACACCUGCCACCUCCGUUAGUCCUGUCAGCAUAGUCUGCAAGAAGGAGCACAUGGGCGGCGGAGGAGGUGGUGGCUAUCAGUCAUCGGCUGCUGCCAACGGUGAAUCACUUCGUGCCGCAUAUGAUUCCAUGAAGGAUACGUCCGGCGGCGACAUUGGCUCGGGAAGUCAUCACGCCAGCCUCUAUGGCAGUGCCAGCACCAAUCCACGACUGGUGCAGCCAGGUGGCAACAUCACACCCAUGGACUCCAGCUCGAGCAUAACCACCCCGUCCCCGCCCGUCACACCGAUGUCGCCACAGAGCGCCGCUGCAGCACACGCUGCCGCCGCAGCCCAGUCCGCUCAAUCGGCCCACCACUCAGCUGCCGCUCACUCUGCCUACAUGUCCAACCACGACUCCUAUAACUUCUGGCACAAUCAGUACAACCAGUACCCCAACAACUACCAGACGCCCAGCUAUUACUCCCAAAUGGAGUACUUCAGCAACCAGAACCAGGUCAACUACAACAUGGGUCACUCCGGCUAUAGUGCCUCCAACUUUGGACUCUCGCCGAGCUCCUCCUUCACUGGCACCAUGUCUGCGCAGGCCUUCUCCCAAAACGGCCUCGACUACAUGUCCCCCCAAGACAAAUACGUUAACAUGGUGUAGGAGAUCCUACAAACAGCAGCCGCCGGCAAUGUGGCUCUAGAACGGAACGGAUAGGUGGCGACAUACACCCAGGCCCUCGAAACACACAUAUCCUAAAAAUCCUCCUCGAUAAAUAUAAAUUUUGUGUAAGUUGUCAUUCGCUCACACAGCCUGGAUCAACGAAAUUCAUAAGUGAUAAGCUCUAAACUUAAACAAAAAAUAAACAUAUUUAAAAAAUUUAAAUUUUUAAAUUCUCCUUAACCGUUAUGAAUAAAUUGUAAAUAUGUAUUUAAAAAAAAAAAACUUAAUAAAAACGGCCAGAGAAUUGUUUCAUUCAUCUUACUCAUGAAUAUGUACCUUGAAUUUAAAAAACAAAGUCAAACAAAAUCUUAAAAUUCGAUCUUCUUUGUAUUUAAGUUUUUGUUAAAUCAAAAAAUAAAUGAAUUAAAGUUUAAAUUUUAAAAUUAAAAUCGAAUUCUCCAUAAAACAAAAAAAAAAACUUACACACGUCAUCAUAUCUUUUUUGUAUAGUAAAACAAAUCUCUAUAUAUAUAUACACAAUCUAUAAUUAUAUUAUUAUAAAUAAAAACAAA